CUAAUACUAAGUCUUUCAAAAAUAACUAACUGGUAACUAAUUUAUUUAAUGAAUUACAUAUAAUUUUUUUACCAUUACAGGUGAACGUUUUUUCAUGUGGACAUAUGUUUUUUGCAUUCAGUAUGCGACCCCCAGUGGAAAAAGUUUGGGCAUCCAUGACAUAACUGGAUAAAGAAAUAGAUAAGACAAAGGCAGUGAGCUGGCAUUGUUCAGCUACAAGCUGGAACUGUCAAUGAGGAACUUUAAAAAAGGGGACCUAUUAUGCUUUUUCCACAAUUCUGAUUUAUAAAUUUAGUUGAAAUGUUGUAUUUUUGUGUUAAACUGAAAGAAGUUUGGGAUGGCUCAAAACGCUUUGUUUCAGAGGGCGUUGUAAAACUGUACUUUUGUAAUGUCACACAUAGACAGGCUUUCUUAUAUGGGCGUGGUCUGUAGGCCAGAUACGCUCUCUGCCCUCCCCCAAGCUCUUCUUCUGUGUUUACAUUGUUGACAAUGGCUCACACAAAGUGUUUCUUCGUAAGGGAAAGCUAUAUUUGUUUAUAAUUCUUAACGACACAUCAUGCACAAGUGGUUGGAGUUCCUGAUUCCCUACUAGCAAAAGAAAAAUAUUCGGGUCUGCUAACGGCAUUUCACACUGGACUGUUUUGUGAACAUGGGCCAGUAUGCAACUGGACUAGCCGACAAACUGCCUUUCCAACGUUACUUGGUCGUGUGGAAGAGUCAGAAGAGCAAGCAGUGCGUCUGCAGGAGCCGUUGUGGAGAAUGGGUCUGUUAUGAAAGGCUCCAACGUCUCCAGUGACCGUCAUGAUCAUUCCAAGCAGCACGUCCCUGAACCCAGCACUGUCCUCCAGAGUGAAUCUAUUCUUCGAUGUGCACCAUACCCACUCUCAACCUCCAUGUUCCAUGUCACCUCCCAGAAACCCAAUCCCAACAUGACCCAGGAUAGCCACAGUGUAACCUCCCAGGACUCUGGAAUCCCAACACUGGAGCUCACUGGGGUAGACUCUCCUGCCACCCUAACAUUGAACGACGACAGCAGCACCAUGCCCAAGUCCUCCAACUUUCCACGUAACAGCUUUGGAUCCACCCGCUUCUUCAGCCCGGGCGUCAGGCUGUCCACCACCACGGGCCACCGAGCUUUGAACCGCAGCGACAACAACUCCAUGUGCAGCACAUCCAGCAUGAGCACAGAGUUCUCCUUGUCCAAUGAGGACAUCCUGGACUUUACCAUAACCUCCGACUCCAGCGCCAUUGUCACCUUGGGGACGGACAACGGCAGCAUGCCUCAUUUCUCUAACGUCGUGCUGACUUCGUCACCGGGAUGCUCCAAGGACUAUAGAGUUCCGGGUAUACCAAUCCGGGAUUUGGGUGUCCCGAGACAGGAAGAGGAUGGCAAGCAAAAGAAACUUGGAUCUCUCGUCAGCUUGUUCAACAGGAGUCUAUUUGCCAGGAAAGUGAAGGACAGUCAUUCAGCAGAGCAGCAGGAUGCUGGAUGGAAGCUGUUUGGGAAGGUGCCACCACGCGAGGCCCCCAUCAAAGACCCUAAAAGGAUACAGAAGGAAUAUGAAACAAAGACUGGCAGAGCUGGACCCGGCAAUGUGACGUCUCCCAGGCAGAAUGUAAGGAAAAACCUGGACUUUGAGCCACUCUCCACCACCGCUCUCAUACUGGAGGACAGACCUGCUAAUCUUCCAGCUAAGCCGGCCGAGGAGGCAGAGAAACACAGACAACAAUAUGAAGAGAUGGUGGCCCAGGCCAAGAAGAGAGAGUUAAAGGAGGCCCAGAAGAGGAGGAAGCAGCUGGAGGACCGCUGUAAGCUGGAGGAGAGCAUCGGCUCGGCAGCUCAGACGUGGAACCAGGAGAUCUUGCCCAACUGGAGUGCCAUGUGCACAUCUCGGCGAGUGAGGGACCUCUGGUGGCAGGGCAUCCCCCCCAGUGUCAGAGGCAAAGUGUGGAGCUUGGCUGUGGGCAACGAUCUCAAUAUCACACAUGAGCUCUAUAACAUCUGCCUGGCACGGGCGAAAGAGAAAUGGACGGCGCCGGUGAGCACUCCAGAAGCUGAAAGUGAAGACCAGGGCUCGUCCAAUCGGGAGUCGAGCUUGGAGCUGAUCAAGCUGGACAUCUCCAGAACAUUCCCCCAACUGUGCAUCUUCCAGCAGGGGGGGCCCUAUCAUGACGUGCUGCACAGCAUUCUUGGAGCAUACACCUGCUACCGGCCUGAUGUCGGCUAUGUACAAGGAAUGUCGUUCAUCGCAGCAGUGCUCAUCCUGAAUCUGGACACAGCCGACGCCUUCAUAGCAUUUGCCAACCUGCUCAACAAACCGUGUCAGAUGGCCUUCUUCAGAGUGGACCACAGCCUUAUGUUGACAUACUUUGCUGCAUUCGAAGUGUUCUUUGAAGAAAACCUACCAAAGCUCUUUGCACAUUUCAAGAACAACAACCUGACUCCCGAUAUUUAUUUGAUCGACUGGAUCUUCACACUGUACAGUAAGUCUCUGCCACUGGACCUGGCGUGUCGCGUGUGGGACGUCUUCUGCAGAGACGGCGAGGAGUUCCUGUUCCGCACGGCACUGGGCCUCCUGCGCCUCUUCCAGGACGUGCUGACCGGCAUGGACUUCAUCCACAUGGCCCAGUUCCUCACCCGCCUGCCCGACCUCAUCCCCGCCGAGCAGCUUUUCCAGCACAUAGCCGCCGUCCACAUGACCAGUCGCAACAGGAAGUGGCCGCUGGUUCUACAGACGUUACAGAAGGAUCCAGAGCGAGGAAGCCCGGUGUUGAAGCGCUGACGUUGAAGACCGUCAUGAAGAAGGAGGAUCCCAGCCACCGACACCUGAGAGGACUUUGGGAUCCACAGGUGCUGCUAUGAAAGACGCUGGGAUCAGAAGCAGGACCCAACAGGGGACCAGUGAGUAACAAAGCAGCAGGGGUGCCUUAUUGAACACACUCCCACCCAAAAUGGGACCAGAGGAACCAGAGGAACCAGACAUCACAACCACUUUGGCUCUUUGGACUCCAGGCACUGGACCACUUUUUCUCUUUACUUUUUUUAAGGUGACUCCCUGAAAGCACUUUGAAGGAGUGACGUUGUUGAUGUUACAUGUCUCCAGAAAAAAAAGGUCAUCAGCUGCCUUUGUUUUGAGCUACAUUUCAUCGUCUUUUAAUUGUGUAUUUAUUCACAGGGGAAGCAAAUCAAUGUUGUUGUUUUAAAAAGGCUUUUAUUUCCCGUCUGUCCAUUGAAACCUGUGUUCAUCAUGCUAAGCUAUAUUGCACUAUUCCUGGCGGACUACACGCCGUCUCCUUUGCUGUAUCGUGGACUUUGUUGUCCGUUUUUUAACACAUGCUCGCUGAUUGGGCGUCCUAUCGCUGUUGUUCAUCCUUGUUGUCAAUUAGGUGACAUGUUGUGGGUUACAAACACAGGAAACUUGUUUUAGUGAUGCCAGUAAGUUGUUGCAAAGCAAGGCAGCGUGCUUUCACCACCACCCCCACCGCCCCAAAGCGUGGUAAUACACCACAGAACUGCAAUAACACACAUCAUCACCUUCUGUUUUAGAGAUUGAUUUGUGUAUGUGUGUCCAGUGGCUUUUCCACUUUUGUUACUUUUGUCACCCAAACUAAUAAUCAUUAAAAUCUGAUUGCACUCUUGCUGCAUAGUGUAGAUUUUUUUUUUUUUUUUUGGUUUGGGGGUGUUUUUUUGGAAGUGCUGCUAGUGGGGAGGGCCACCUUGUCUCAUUCCAACUGAAAAUGUUCC